AUGUCCUCAUCCGAUUCCAGCUCCUCCUCCUCCGUUGACGAUCCCAAUCCUAACCCUAAGCCUUUAGAUAACCAAUUCGAAUCCCUAAACCUCGAACAAGAAUCCGAGAGCACCAUCAUCCAAAACGACGACGGAGAAGGACAACAAGAUCAAGAAUCAUCUUUAAAUGGAUCGCUGAAUGUAAACAGAAACAAUCACGAACAAGAUGACAGAAUUGACGGUGGGCACGUCACCAGUGUUCUGUGGAGGCGGACAAACUCGGAGGUCGAAGUGGACGGUCCUUCCAGCCCGAGCAGUAGUGGAUACGCCGGCGAGAGAGGGAGCAGUGGCGCCAGUGAGGAUGAUGAGAUACAUGAGGUUGCAAAUCAUGGUGUUAUCGAUGGGGUUUUUGAUUCGCAAGCUGCCUGGCUGCCUGGCAAACGACAUGUGGAUGAGGAUGAUGCUUCCAUAUCAUGGAGGAAAAGGAAGAAGCAUUUUUUUAUAUUGAGUCACUCUGGAAAACCAAUUUAUUCCAGAUAUGGAGAUGAACACAAGCUAGCAGGAUUUUCAGCAACAUUGCAGGCCAUUAUUUCAUUCGUGGAGAAUGGGUACAUGGAUGAACUUGGGGAUCGUAUCAAAUUGGUUAGGGCAGGAAAGCACCAGGUGGUUUUUCUUGUAAAAGGACCAAUUUACUUGGUUUGCAUCAGCUGCACGGAAGAGCCAUAUGAAUCAUUGAGGGGGCAAUUGGAACUUAUUUAUGGUCAGAUGAUACUCAUUUUAACAAAGGCAGUUAAUAGAUGUUUUGAGAAAAAUCCAAAGUUUGAUAUGACACCAUUGCUUGGAGGAACAGAUGUUGUCUUCUCAUCUCUCAUCCAUUCAUUUAGUUGGAAUCCAGCAACAUUUCUUCAUGCAUACACUUGUCUUCCCCUUGCUUAUGGAACGAGGCAAGCUGCAGGUGCUAUAUUGCAAGAUGUUGCUGAUUCUGGUGUCCUCUUUGCAAUACUAAUGUGCAAACACAAAGUUGUAAGUCUUGUUGGUGCUCAAAAAGCUUCUCUUCAUCCUGAUGAUAUGCUGCUACUUUCCAACUUUAUAAUGUCUUCAGAAUCAUUUAGGACAUCUGAAUCUUUCUCCCCAAUUUGCCUGCCAAGAUAUAACCCAGUGGCAUUUCUGUAUGCUUAUGUCCAUUACCUUGAUGUUGACACAUACUUAAUGUUGCUUACCACUAGUUCAGAUGCCUUUUAUCAUCUUAAGGAUUGCAGGAUUCGUAUCGAAACGGUUCUUCUGAAGUCAAAUGUUCUUAGCGAAGUUCAGAGGUCCAUGCUGGAUGGCGGGAUGCAUGUUGAGGAUUUGCCUGGUGAUCUGUUGCCUCGUUCUGGAUCUGCUUCUCAUUUAGGGCAGCAUCAACAGCCAACUGAUUCUCCUGGGAGAUUUAGGGAACCAUUUGUUGGGAUUGGUGGUCCUGCUGGACUUUGGCAUUUCAUAUAUCGCAGUAUUUACCUGGAUCAAUAUGUGUCUUCUGAGUUUUCGGCACCAAUUAAUAGUCCACGACAACAGAAAAGAUUGUACAGGGCUUACCAGAAACUUUAUGCUUCGAUGCACGAUAAAGGAAAUGGGCCCCAUAAAACUCAGUUUAGAAGAGAUGAGAACUAUGUUCUCCUCUGUUGGGUCACCCCAGAUUUUGAGCUUUAUACAGCAUUCGAUCCACUUGCAGACAAGGGAUUGGCAAUAAAGACUUGCAACAGGGUCUGUCAGUGGGUGAAAGAUGUUGAAAAUGAGAUAUUUUUGCUGGGAGCAAGCCCGUUUUCAUGGUGA